AUAAACACAAACCAGCUGAGCUGCUGCGCAUGCGCUGUGCGGCCAUCACACAGUAAUGAAGAGUGCAGUGCACAAGCAGCGCGAGAGGUAAACAAGCUUUGUGACGUGUUUAACGCCCGGAGAAGACGUUUGGAGCGCGCGGGAGGGUUUGUAAAGGUGUCCCGCGUGCAUGACCAGAUGAAGACUCCACCGGACAGGUCAGGAAUCAUCUUUGAGGUCGGAGCUCAGCUGGAGGCCCGAGACCGCCACAAGAACUGGUACCCGGCCACCAUCGAGAAGAUCGACUACGACAAAGAGCGGGUUCUGAUCCACUACCGUCAGUGGAGCCGUCGGCACAACGAGUGGUUUCAUUGGACCUCGCCGUACCUUCGACCGCUGGAGCGAGUCAGCCUGAGGAGGCAGGGCCUGAAUCCACCGUGUUCACAGCCGGUGUUUGUGUCGGGGACGAGGGUUCUGGCCUGUUGGACGGACUGUCGUUUCUACCCGGCCAAAAUCCUCCGAGUCAACAGAGACGACUCCUACACUGUGCGGUUCUAUGACGGCGUGGUUCGGACCGUGAAGCCCACCAAGGUCAAACCUUUCCAGGAAAAGUCCAGAUCUGACAAGAGCGCGGUGGGAAGUGAAGGAUGGGAGGAAGGGGAGAGCGAAGAGGAGGAGGAGGACGGUGGAGAGAGAGGGGACGAUGAGGAGGACAAGAAAAAGGAUGAGGAAGGAGGAGAGGAGGAGAAGGUGACAUCAGAGGAGAAGGAAGGAGCUGAGGAGGUGGAGGAGGAGGAGGAGGAGAGGAAGAGGAAGGUAGAACCUUCAUCCUCCCAUCCACCAGCAAAGAAGAAAACAGCUGAUGACGGUAGAAGUGGCGGAGCUCAGGACGAGCCAGUCACAGCUGACUCCACCCAGCCGGCGCCUGCUAACCCCGCCCACGUGGACAAAGACGUCCUGUUGGAGCGUCAGGCUCACCUGCCCACCACACACAAGUUCAGCAGAGAGCCACUGUACAGGGUGAUAAAGAACCAGCCUCCCCCCAUCCUCUCCAUCGAGUUGGACCACAACCCCUUCAAGUGUCCCGCAGCGGGCUGCACCAAGUCGUUCAGAAAGGCGAGCCUGCUGCACUACCACAUCAAGUACUACCACUCGGACCAGCAGCUGGACGAGCGAGGUGGCGAGCAGGAGGCGGCUCCGCUGCUGAGGAGGAAGCGGUCAUCUUCAAAGGGCGGCGGCGACUUCGCGUCGGACGUGAAGAGUGAGGACCAGGACGAUAGCUGUCACCAUGACGACAGAGAGCACAGCACCAUGGGAACAGAGGAAGUAAAAAAAGAUGCAGGACAGGACAGAAAGGAGAGGAAGAACUUCCUGAGAGUCAAACUAAAGAAGAAGAAAAAGAAGAAGAAGAAGAAGAAAAGUCAGUCAGGAUUUGGCAGCAGUGAUGAUGAGAUCUCUGAAAGACCUGCGAUCACUCUGAAGCUGUCCACGGAUCAUCCCAACACACCCACACACGUGGACGACGGCAGCGACUGGUCGACGUUGACGGCCGAGAGCGGAGAGGACACGUCCUCUUGGCCCGUUGCUAUGGAGACAGAGGAGUGUGAGGUGGUGAGGUGUGUGUGUGAGGUGGACGAGGAGAACGACUUCAUGAUCCAGUGUGAGUCGUGUCUGUGCUGGCAGCACGGCACCUGUAUGGGUCUAUACGAAGACAACGUCCCACACAACUACAUCUGCUACUACUGCAGACACACUGCAGGUUGGAGGCGGGCUCAGCGUUUCCUGUCUGAACCUGAUUUGCUGAUAUCUGGUCACAUGUUCGGCCUGUCGUGCGUGAAGGAGAACUACUCGGAGGUCAACGCCUCGAAGAUCUCGCACACGAGCCGCCUGCUGGCGCACACACACGGCCUCCAUCAGGUCCUCAGCAGCCUGCAGCUCAAAAUCAGCCUCUUACACUCGCACGCCCACCCCGAUCUGCAGCUCUGGAGGUUGCCGUGGAGACGAGAGGAGGGGCCGAAGUUGGCGUCCAGCCCGAAAGGAGAGAGCGCGCUCUGUUACGUCAGCAGCGAACACUGCUACCAGAAGCCCGAAGCAUCAUGGGAAAAAUCAGACGAGACGGACACCGAGCAGAAGGAUAUCAAAGCUGAAGAUGUCGACAGGAAGCCGGCUGACGUCGCUGCAGAUCCGACCGUGGUGACGGACACACUCAGAGAGGCCUGCAUUAAAACAGAGAACCACACACACACUUGGACACACACGCAGGAUCCCGUGGCCGAGUGUCAGCUGAACCUGCUGGAUCACGUCGAGUCUCUUCACCACCAGAUCAGUGCCAGGAUGGACCUGAUAGAGCGAGAACUCGAUGUUUUAGAGUCCUGGUUGGACCACUCCGGCGAGCUCGAGCCUCCCGACCCGUUGUCCCGCCUCCCGCAGCUCAAGCAGCGAAUCAGGCGGCUGCUGCGUGACCUGUGCACUGUGAGACGGCUGUCGGUUUGGCGCUGACGCUCUCCAUUCCUUAAACUCCGACCCCCCUGACAUCUGACCCUUUGCAAGUCACUGCUAGCCACAACGAGACUGACGGACGGGGCUGGCACACGAGUAGAAUGCGAGGGAGGCGUAGAGCACAACUCUGAGUCUGGAGACAAAUCUGUGGUUUGUUUACCUCAGAGUCUCAGGACGGCGCCGCCCUGGAGGAGAAAAGAUGCACUGCAACGCAAAGAGGACGACCACUUCUUCUUAUAAACUGAUUUUCUUCGUUAACGUUAGCAGAACAUUUACCGAGAAAGCCUCCAGACGGUGCCCGACCACACGGCGAUGACACGUUUGAUUGAUUUGGUUCUGAUGUCAUCCGUGUGGUCGGGACACGAUAACUGUCGUUAGCCUGAAUGUUCGCGUACGUCAGUUUCUAGCAGCCGUCUAACAAACGCUGAUUUUUGAAGAUGGAGGAUUUAGUGGGAGAUUUCCACAGUUUCUAAGUUUGAUAUUUCUGAAGGCAGGUUUUGUAAUUUUACUGUUUAACUGUUUUGGAGAAGGAAAAAAAAACAUCUUGUCAGAGGGUUUCAUGGCUCCAGCAGAAAUAUGGUGACCACUAACAUGCCAGCCGGGCUACAUUAGCAUUAGCUCUCUAAAGAGUCAAUAAAAAGGUCAUCAAGCGCUAACUAGCUUGCUACUCUUUUUGCCCUGUGGUCCAAUCACACUUGAGGAAGCCUGGAUCAACUUUCACCUUUCCUGUACGCGAUAUCUGUUUUCCUUUUUUUAACAACCCAUGUUUUGCUCUGUAGCAAAAUGCUAACUAACUAGCAGGGCUAAGAAGGCAUGCGUGUUAGCAUGUAGCAUAAAGGAGAAUGUUGAACCAGGCUCAGAUUCAGUAACUCAUUAACUCAGUUGCUAACAAGUUCUCAGUUCAUUUCAAAGGUGUAUUUGUACCAUCCUGUCUCACUACUGUGUGUAAACAGCUGAUCAUCUCAAACAGCUUCUUGUAUUUUGGACAUUUCCAGGUUAAAGUUCAGCGUUUGGGAACAGGAUCAGUGAACGACACAUUUCAUCUGCGUUCUUUAGCCAGCAGAGCUAGCUGUUAGCCGUUCACAGCUUGUGUAUAUAGAAAUAAUUGCCGACAGAUGAAGAACACUGCUUGUGUUUAUAAGCGUUGUUAGUAUUUUUUAUUGAAAUAAAAACGAACCAACAAAA